AAACGAUGCGUGCCCAUCGCCAGACAGAUUAACUGCGUUUUUGUUGACUCUGUGACCACGCCAUCAGUAUCUUUUGGACCACGUUCCAGGUCGGAUGUAUUUCGCUGUAGCUCAAGAUGAGUUUGCUUAGUGUUGAAAAGUGUCCGGGCCGAUACGAGGAGUAUAGUUUUACGCUGGACAAGCAAUAUCUCAAAAUCGCUCAGGAAAAUCUCCAGGAAACGGUCGAAUCUCGCGAGCAAUCGUUGGCGCAAAUGCGUGAGUGGAUCGCCAAGCAUCCGUACAUCCGAAAGUGCCGCACGGAUUCGUUGUUUUUGCUACGGUUUCUAAGGAUGCGCAAGUUCUCCGUCCCAAGGGCGCAAGAAACGAUUGAGCGUUACCUGGCGAUGAGACAAACCUUCCCGCAGUGGUUUCAAACGUUGGACCCGAACGAACCGGACAUGGCAGAACUGCUGGACGACAAUCAGUUCCAGCUGCUGGGUCGAGACUCCAAGGGCCGUACGGUGGUGCUGAUUCGGCUCAAAAACUUUAACGCGGAAAAGUUCAACUCGGCCCACCAGGCUCGGGCCAUGAUGUUGUUUUUGGAAACUAUUUUCGAUGAGGAAGAGUCGCAAAUCGGUGGUUACGUUGCCAUUCUGGACUACGCGGACAUUUCGAUGCGUUUGGUGGCGGUUUGGUCGCUGAUGGACGUGAAGAACUUCAUGAACUGCGUCAACCACUCGCUGCCGGUCAGCAUUAAGGAGGUGCAUGGCGUGCGGUUGCCAAAGUUUGCGGUCGUGAUCGCCGAGCUGGCGUUGUCCUGCUUGAGCCAGAAGCUGAAGGACAGGGUGUUUUGCCACAAAUCGAUGGAGGAUGCCGCCAAACACCUGGAGGUAUCGAUGCUGACCACGGACUAUCCGGGUGGCACCCAGGAUCCGGAAGAGCUGAAACGAAAGUUUAUCAAACGGGCGCAGGACAAACGUCAGGAGUUGCUGCUGCUGGACGAAAUGGAAAUCGACGCCACCCGGUACAAGUCGCUGUGGCACCAGACCACCGACGGCAGCAUCGAGUCCGGAGUGGCCGGAAGCUUCAAGAAGCUGAACGUUGACUAGGGACGGAAGUUUUCUAAAAUAGCGUUAGCUCAUUAUGUCAUCAUAUGUGACAUUUGGGUAAUUAUCUACCAACUCACACGAAAUCGGGAAAAGUUGCCCCGACCCCUCUUCGAUU